AUGUUCAUGUCUUGUACUGUAGCAUCAAAACCUGCAGAACUUGCUGCCCGGGCAAGCAGGAUUCCACCAACCCCUGGUUUAGUUCUGGCAACAACUUCACAUGGCCAAUCCACUCAACAACAACCACAGCCUUCUUGCAUCCAAUCUCCCUUGUGCUCCCAGACACCCUCAUGCUCCCAGUCACGCUCACGCUCGGGUUCCCCCUCACACUCAUGCUUGGGUUCCCCCUCACGCUCUCACUCCCACUCUGUCCCACGCACCAAUACAGCCAUACCUGGACUGCGCUCAGGUUCCCCGCAGUCUGGCGAAAAGUGUACUUGCUUGCUUGAUGAUGAUAGUGAUGAAGAUGGUAAGGACGAGGAAGCUGAUCAUCACCAUGAUCACACUCCUGCAGCUGUCCAUGUACUCAAACUCAAUAACGACAAUUCACGACCCAAAGCUGGUGACUAUGACAGCUCCACCCAGGACACUAUCCUCGGUGCACCCUUGGUUCUCGAUGCGGACAUUGCAAAAAUUAUCAAGGCUUGUGGGUCUCAAGCCUACGGCGAGGCCAAGGCUAAGACCCAGACCUUGGUGGAUGUUCUUUAUGGGUUCAACUCAGGUUGUGGCAGAUCAGUGAUAAAAAAAAACCAUGAUAAGGCUGAACGCCUCAAACAUGAAAAGGGCUUUAUUUACAAGUCAUCACAAGGGGAUGUACCAGCACCCGAUCAUUCAAAAAGCUGUCAAUGGCAUGUGGUUCAAGUAGUGUUUGCAAGUUCAGUUCAGUCUGGUUUUUUGCCCCCAAAAUGCGCAACUGUGGACCGCAACCGGUCUAGGACCAACCCAGAUACUGAUGGAACCGAAUCGAACCACCUAGGACCAGUCUUUUGCAGUCUAUGGAGCCGGUUCAGACCGAUCCAGACCGGUUUUUUGCGUAUAAUUUAUUAUACCAAUAUAAACCAUUUGUAUCUUGACUAUUAUUACUCUGAAAAAUAAACGGGUUAUAUAAAAUAGUAAAGCAUGUAAAUACCUGUCAUUCCACCAAUUUAUAAGAGAUUUAAUGAAGAUUUGACAUA